UUUAGAUAUACGGUCUAAAAACAUCAGCCAAUCAGCAUUACGGAUACAGAAAGGAUUAAAAAUGGUGGCGACCUAACAUCUGUCAAAUUGUGGACUCCAAAAUAAUUAAUGUUUUCGCUUUAGAAGGAUAUUUUAGAUACUUCUUGACAAGAAGAUGCCAGUUUUGAACAUUACAGUAUCUCUGAGUGAGGUACUUGAGGUGCGGGAUGGGCCCCUCACUGAAACAGAAAUUUGGGCACUGUUGUGUCAGUCAGCUGAGGCCCUGCAGGAUGUAUUCAUGGCAGGAGAGUCUUGCUCUGACAUCGGUCCUGCUUUCGUUAUCAAUCCAGACACCUUAUACCUGACUCCUGAAGGUCAGGUGGAGUUUGGCCACGCCCAUAAAGUACAACAAUAUGCAAAUUACAUGGCACCAGAAACAGAAGAUGAUUUUACAUGUACAGAUACUUCUGUGGAACAGGUGUAUGUGUUUGCUCUGGGCAAAUCAUUGAUAUAUUCUUCAGAAUUCGGGCUCAAACCUGACGAGCGUAACAGUGGCAUGAAUUCCUCGAGCAAAAUGUCAAAGCCUGUUAGAAUCAGUGAGAAUUUGGAGUCCCUCUUGAGGAGGAUGACAUACAGGAACUCCUCACAGAGAGCACCCCUCGCUAAAGUUUUGGAGGUAUGUGGCCUCCAAAAGGAGCAUUUAGGUAGAGGAUUAGAUAGAAGCUUCUCUAGAACGGUGACCAACCUGUACAAGACAGUCCUUGGUCUUGAAGGACAGUCUGAAGAAAAUGUAGCAGACCAGAGUUUUACAAGUAACACAAGCCGCCAGAAUAUUUCGCCACGAGAACUUACAGUUGACAGGUCGAGAAGAAAACAGAAAAAAUCUCGAGAUAGUCGGAAGAAGAGAAACCCUUCUCCGGAACAUUACAGGUCAAGGUCACGAUCACGUUCGAGAAGUAGGUCAAGGUCACUUUCAAAACAUAAAGGUCAUGGAAGAGGAGCAGAUUCCCCAGAUUCCGGUUAUCACAGAGUUACGCCACUACCUGGUGCACCACACCUACGGUCAGGGGAUGAGAAUUACAGCAGGGAGCCACACCCUGAUUUAAUAUCGACAGAUUACGCCACUGGGCGAUCAUAUCAUCUCUCAGAUAUCACAUUUAGUGCUUCACAAAAUGGUCAUCCAUCUAAUAGAGCAGGGACAUCAUCCAAUCACCAUCAUAAUAAUCAUUCACGACCAUCCAAUAGAAACAGCACAUCCGCGAAAGCCAAUGACAAUCCAGCAUUCAAGAAAUACCUGAAGUUAAAGGAAAGGCAAAGAAAGUUGCGAGUAUUACGUCAUGACGCAAUGAGUAGUGAUGCCUCAGACGAGCUGUCAGAUAUUGUGAUGGACCACAUAUCAGAAACAAGAUCGGUUAGAUCUGUAGGGCCACGUAAUAAUGGUGUAUACCACCCUGAUGUACAUAUGAGGUACGGGUCUAACUCAGCACUGAGGAUAGGAAGGGACUCGGACAGGGAGAGUGUUAUUAGCAGCGAUGCAUCAACAUAUGGACCUGAUCACCAACCAUUUAGGGCUACGGCUGAUGUCAGUGACCCAUAUAUCCAGCAGUUACAGAAGUUGUCAUCUGCCAGACCACCUCAGCUGCCAAAGUUUGAUACCCACCAACCACAUACCAAGCACAAGAAGAAAACACAACCAACACCUCAACAAACAGCCAAACAAAAACCAAGGGAUUUUUAUGGUCCCGAAUUUAUACACAAGUCAACAAAACCUAUACAGCGAAUACCACUGGCUCUCCAAGGGGAGAGUCGGAAAAAUCCUGGACGGGUAUGUCGAGUAGUCAUAGUGUUACUGAACGGUCAGAAGAUGGAAGCUAUGGUUGACCCGAGUACAACAGGUCAACAGCUGUUUGAAGCUGUUAUUACAGAUAUUGAACUACCAGAGUUCUACUUCUUCGGGAUGACCUAUGUCAAUGAUAAUGAGCAUUUCUUCAUCUCUGGUGAGCAGAAACUCCACAAGGUGGCGCCUGAUGGCUGGAAAGAGAGCUGGAAACGAGAGGCAGCACCUGUGACAUUCACUGUUUACCUGAGAGUGAAGUUCUAUGUGGACAAUCUCACUGUUUUAAAACAUGAGACAACCAGACAUCAGUUAUAUCUACAGUUAAGACGAGAUAUUCUAGAGGAGCGUUGUUUGUGUGAUGAGGAAAAAGCUCUUGGCCUGACAGGCCUGGCCUUGCAGGCAGAGUAUGGUGACUACAAUAAGGACACCAUGGGAAGGAACUAUUUUGUACCUGAGCACUACUUCUCAGAGAGAACAUUAAAAAGGCUUGGUACAGGAUACGCCAGAGAUCAUGCUCCAGAUACACAUAAAGAACUGGCUGGUAUGUCAGAAGUCGAGGCACAGAUGGAAUUUAUCAAGCUUGUUCAAGGACAUUUACACGAGUAUGGAAUUCACUUCUAUAAACUCCUUAAGGAAAAGAAAGGGAAAACUAGCGGAGUGAUCUGGGUUGGGUUAGAUAUGGAUCAGCUCACACUGGCUGAGGAUGUCAAUGGUGAACGUAUGUUUGCCCACCAGUAUUCAUGGUCGGCCAUCCAGAAAAUCUCAUUCAACCGGAGAAGAUUCAGUGUACAGCCGAGACCUGAUAUCAGCCAGAUGAAACCAUUUAAAAUGAAUUUCUACACCAACUCUUAUAAAAAAGGCCAGUACCUGUUGAAGUUCUGUACAGCACAGCACAGUUUCCAGCUGAAAAUCAGGACAAGACUGGCAGCUCAUGAUGGUGUAACAGAUUUGAGUCAUGAGGAACAUAUGAGUAUAGGAGAUACAGAGGAUAUAACAGAUACAGGAAGUGUUCAUUCAGAAGAUGAACAAACUCUGACAGGAGACCGUGAUAGUGCAACUUUACAGGAUGUAGAAAUGGAAGCAUCAGGAUUUAAUGCUACGGACCACAUCCCUCAAAAACACCCAGCUGCCUAUAGGAACCCGCCUCCAUAUAGGCCCGAUAUGAGUGCCAGCAUGAUUGAAUUCCCCGUUAAUACACAUGAUAACAUGGUACCAGUACAGCAUGUGCCCCGCAGUGCUACAACAAGUCACAUUGAUGAGGUCGGGUACCAGCCAGGAGUUAAUCCAGCUAUUCAUGAGUCGGAACCAGUCUCUGAGGAAGAUAUUCAUGCAGAGAGUGUCCAGCCAGCCAUGGCUUAUGUUAUAGACACAAGUACCCGAUCCAUGGAUCAGACUUUGUUUCCUCAUUCAGCAAACGAAACAAUUAGUAAUACUCUUCAUCAGCGCUUUACAAAUGAACUACUGUCUCCCGAAGUUAGUAUUUGUGAGCGGGAAGUAUUUGAAGUUUCCCUCGAUAAACAGCCUACAGUUGGUAUAGGAAUCACAAUUGUAGGUGGCGACAUAUCAAGUAAACAUGACUUUGGAAUAUUUGUAAAAUCAGUCACAGUUGAUGGACCAGCAUUUAAAGAUGGCCGCAUUAAACCAGGUGAUCGUCUAAUCGCCAUAAAUGAUCAAAGUUUAGAAGGUUUACAGCAUCAUGAGGCUGUGACCAUGAUCAAAGAAUCUCCGGAUACUGUAAAAUUAUUGAUUUCUCAGAUAAAACCGCCCGGAUCUUUAAAAAGGCGAGAAACUGAAAUCGACACAGAAAGUGACGAAGAACAUAGUUCAUUAGAUCAUAGCGCUGAUGAAAGUUCCUCCCCUCGUGUAAUUACCGUCCGUAAUUGUACAUCUGUACAUAACCAAGAAAACACUGAAAAAGUAAACAAUAAAAAUUCUGAAAAUUGUAAAAAACGUGAAAAAAAUGUUGAAAUAGGUAGAGAAGAUGUAGAUAAUACUGAAAGAAUGGACCAGGAUAGAGCGCCUUCAGCAACAAUUGAUGUACAUUCCACGUUUUCCCAGGUAGAUUCACUGUAUACAGAGAUGGCGGUCUCAGAGCUACCUGCUGAUCUACAGGAUGAUGAUAAUACAGAGGCAGUUAAUGAAUCUGACACAGACUCUGAGUUUGACGAGGUUAUAGAAAACGUCAUAGAAAAUACAUACAAAUCACCGCAGAAAAACAAGUCACAAAGUCCUGCAAGAGUGCAGAGAAUAGGUUCAGAAGAAGAGGAAUCUAUAACAUUUGAGGUGUUUCUUGAGAAACAACAAGGGUCAUUUGGAUUAAAUGUAACAGGAGGUGUAAACACAUGUGUUAGACAUGGUGGUAUUUAUGUAAAGUCUAUCGUACCUGGCAGUGCUGCUGAUCUUGAUGAAAAUAUUAAAAAAGGUGACAGAAUUCUUGAAGUAGAUGGUAUGAGCUUGAAUGGAUUCACUCACAGGGAAGCUGUGGAAUCUCUCUGUAAAGCUCCGCCAUUCUGUAAGCUGCUUGUGCAGAGGUUACCAAGGUCACGGAAUUCAUCAUCCAGCAGCAGCAAUAGGUCAGCAGUCUCUAAAAAUAGAUUAUCUGGUUCCCCAAGUGAUAGUGUGGAUCAGACAAAUCAGAGACAGGAAACCGGUGACCAGAAUGAAGAUAUUUAUAGCCUGUUUGUGACUGAAGAGAACACUUAUGCAGUAGACCUGGUUAAAGGUAUUUAUGGACUUGGGUUUAGUACAGUAGGAGGUCAUCAAGAUGAUCACGCUCAGCUUGAGGAACGGGUUGUUAGAAUAAAACGUGUGUUCCCUAUCGGUCCGGCUGCCGAUAGUAAAGUUAUACAUUCUGGUGACGUAAUUCUGGCCGUGAACGGCCAAUCUGUAGCCGGUCUCAGUCAUACAGAGACGAUGUCGAGGCUUAGAGGUGCUGGUAAAAAUGUUCAACUACUUAUGUGUCAACCUGACCCAGAUAAGAUACCCCCCUUAUUCCAGCUGGAAAGUGAAUCAUCUCUAGAAAUUACACCAACAGGUAGCACAGCAAAUGUAACUGAUACUGAAAGUGAUACAGAUAGUGAAAUUGAUGUAACACCUAGACGUGAAGCUCUCAUUACCCCACCCACCGGGUUUGCUUUAUCACCCUAUCCAAAAGAUGAAGAUGGAAACAUAAUGCCAAAGAUUGCCAGUCCCCCACCUCCGCUGCCAGUCAGUCCCCCACCCACUUUGCUAAGUUCAGGAAAUUAUGACAAUGGACAAAAUGAGAUCGAAGUUCAAGUGGGAGUGGCGGAGCUCAUGGAUAGUUGUAACCAGGAAAUGGUGCUAAUUCACAAUGCCAAAAAAGUGAAUGCUUCUCAAGCAACGCUUAAUGGUAGUUUGAUAGUAAGGGAAGAUUCUGCAGUUACUGUGAAUUCAAGGGAUGUAACCCCUGUUGUGCAGUAUUCAUCAAGGGAGGCAACUCCAUGUGUUGAUGUUGCAGGAGACAUUACUCCUGUUCAAGAUGAAGAAACUGAUAUUGAACAGGUGGAUUUAAAUUCCUCAAGACAUUUUUCAGAGGAAAGCUUCCAGUCAGGUCCAGAGACUUCUGUGCCAGAUUUAUUGAUCGAAAAAUUAGAUGGAAUAGAUAGUUUAGAAAAUACUUUACAGUCCCAAAAUAGUCAACCUGAAGUUUUUUCAGAAACUGAUAGUGGUUCUUUAUCUAAAACAGACAUAUCUACCUCAUUUAUUGUAGAAGACAGACUGGGCACCAAUUCCCUUAAGGGAGAAGGUACACAGUCUGCUCAAGUUUCACUGGAAAUAGGUACCAGUCUAACUAAUACUUACAAUGUAGAGCAAAACAAUAGAAAUUUAGAUGAUUGUGUUAAAGAUGAUCCAGAUGGUGCUAAUGUACAUACACAUGACAUAGUAAAUGUUGUACAUAGUGAGGAAAGUUUAAAUUAUAGUAAAUUUAUAGUAAAUAUUGAUGAAAAUAAUGGUAAAAUUGUGCAUGAAAAUAAUGGUGAUGAACACAGUGAUGUUGAUGAAGAUGUUAGAGAAUUAGAAAAGAAAUAUGAAGAACUUGAUAAUGAUUAUGAUGAAGUUGAUGAUACUGAUGAUGAUGAGGAUGAUUAUUCUGAUGAUGAUACAAACAAUGAUGAUGUGAGUGAUCAAGAAGUGAAUGUUGAAAAUAAUGAAGUUAACAAUGAUUAUGCUAAUGAAAGAGAUGAUGAAUCUGAACUGAAUGAACAAGAGAAUGAAAUAGAUCCAGAGGGAAUUGAAAACAACGGUGAAGAAGAAGGUGAAGAAGAAGAUGAUGAUGAUGAGAUUAUUAAUUUCAAGGAUGAAGGUGAAGUUAAGAUAGAGAGUAUGAAUAAAGAUGAUCAUAAUGAUGUGGAUGAUGUAGUGGAAGAUGAUGUUGAUAAGGAAGAGGAAUCUGUUUCGGACCAUUCUUCAGUGAGGGAAUCUCCCUCACCGACUAUUGAGUCAAAGCCCCUAAAGCCUGGGGAAUUGGAAGUGACCUUGACCAAGCCUGAAGGUCGAGGUCUUGGAUUUACUGUGGCAGGAGGUGCUAAGACCACAGGGGGUUGUUAUAUUAAAGCAGUGUUACAGAGCCCAGCGCUCUCUGAUGGCACUUUAAAAUCUGGAGAUAGACUUAUCAUGGUCAAUGGUAUUGAUAUGCGGCCGCUGAAUCAUUUCGAGGCUGUAUCAGUGUUACGUGAGGCCGAGGAUGAGGUCACGAUAAGGGUGUCUCGGGAACAGUCAACUGUAGGUGACACUGGAGAAGCUAGUGUGGAAAUAUCUUCCUACAGUCAGGGCCUCACUGAUGAAGAGAAGAGGAGUUUACAACAUGAAGGAACUGAAAAUGUUGACAAACAUACAGACCAUGAGAAUAGCGAUUCUGAUGAUGAUGAUGUAACGGACUCUGUCACAGAUGGGGAUGGUUGUGGUCCCCUCCAAGACCUCAUUACCUCGUUAGAGGAAUCUCUGGAACAAACAAGAAUUUCAGAGAAUCUUAGAAAUGAAGAAGGGAAGUCAAAAGAAAAUUUUUGGAAAGAUAAAUCUCAGAAAGAGGCAGAGAGUCCAAAAUUACAGAAGUCCACCAACUCAGGCGAGCUAUCAGUGUAUCAGAUAGACUUAGAAAAGCCUGAGAGUGGAGGACUUGGUAUCAGUCUGGUAACCGCGGAAACACAGAACCAGACUGGUGUAUUUAUACGUACCAUAACACCAGGAGGUGUUGCCGAAAAUGAUGGCAGGUUACAAAUAGGAGAUAAAAUCCUACAAAUUAAUGGUGAAUCCUUGAUUGGAUUGAACCACAACAAAGCUGCAGCAAUCUUGAGAAGUUCUCAAGGGAAACUUUCUUUAACUGUCUCCAGGAAUAAGGGCAGGAAGCCAACUUGGUUGGAUUCAGAUAAAACCGAGAACCAACCUAGAAGUGUUAGUGGAAUGUCAAGGUCAAACUCAGAACAGCAGAAAGAGUUAGAAACUUCAGAAAAGGAGGUCAAAUCUGUUUUAGGAAAGGACGAUGAUGUUUUUGAAAGUGAAAGUGAAACAUCUGACUUAAAUAACACAAGUUUAUCAAUAACAAAACAUGUUCCAAGUGAUAUAGUAGAUGACAAUGUAGAUGAUUUAGUGGCUCAAGCUGAACAAAUAUUAAGAGAUGCUGAUAUAGACACAUUUACAGAAUCAGAAGUGAGUGACACGGAUGGUAUAGAUAAAGAAACAGCUAAAGAUGCUCAUAAAUUUCUCUCAGCAGCUGAAGUAAUUGAUCUUCACCACGAUAAAGUUUUUAUAGAAUCAGAGGAGGAAAAUGGUAAAGAAAAUGUUCAUGAAAGUGAAACUGAAUCAAAAUCUGAACAGUGUAACAAUGAGGGAGAAAAAAGACUCUCUAAUACUGGUUCCAAUGUGAUAUGUGAAGAUGACAGUGAUAAAUACUGGUGCAAUUCAUUAAGAACUUUAGACCUUACCGUGCCAGAUGAAGUAACAGUUGAUUGGUUAUUCAACCUAUCCCUUGUGACCAUUCCAGAACCAAUGAAAUCAUCCGUACCAAACAUUAUAUCAGAUAUGCAAGAGAAGAUAGAGAUUGAAGACCCCCAGGAGGAGUUUAAACAAUUAAGAAAUGUGCCACUUACUGAUGAUUGUAAUACAGCCACUCUGUCCAACAACAGACUGAAAAAUAGAUUUAGAAAUGUUCUACCAUAUGACGCUAACAGAGUUAGGCUAUCAGAUGAUGCUGACACUGACUAUAUCAAUGCCAGUCAUGUUAGGGUUGAUGUAGGAAGUGCUGAUGUAGGAAGUGCUAUCUGUGACUACAUUGUAGGCCAGGGACCUCUGCCCGAGACCACAGAUGACUUCUGGAACAUGGUCUGGCAGACAGAGGUCACGGUCAUUGUCAUGUUGACCUUGGAUAUGGAAGCCAUGAAGGUCAAAUGUCACAGAUAUUGGCCCGACUCUGUAGAUAUACCUAUUGAAGCUUGUAAAGGACAAUUACGUUUAAGUUUACUGUAUCAAAACAGCUUGGACAAUUUUGACAUCAGGAACAUCUUGAUAGAAAAUACGGAGACAGGAGAAAGUCGAUGUUUAUACCAUCUUAAUUAUACCACCUGGCCUGACCACGGUACUCCAACUUCAGCUGUACCUUUACUACAGUGUAUGAGAUUGAGUCAUCUAUAUAGAACAACUGGACCAAUAGUUGUACACUGCAGUGCUGGUAUAGGAAGGUCAGGGACAUUUAUUGCUAUAGAUGUGGCGUUGGCACACAUAGAACGUGGACUGAAGUUUGACCUGUUUGAGAUAGUUCAAGAAUUACGGAGACAGAGGCAAGGCAUGAUCCAAACUAGGGAUCAGUACUCGUUUUGUUAUACUGCUUGUGUAGAGGCCCUUCUAGAGACCCCAAGCUAGUAAAUAACAGUAUAUGAUGAUGUAGAGGCCCUUCCAGGCAGCCAUUUUAAACAGCAUAGAAAUUUACAGGACACUGAGGCCCUCCUAUAGAUAGCAGUUAAUUAGUUUAAUCACUUUAUCAUUGCGCUUAAUUUGUUUAUAAUUCUAUAAAUGAUUGCUGUUAAAUUUUUGAAAUAUAUAUUUUUGCAAUACUCUAAAGAUAUUAUAAGAAAUUAUGUACCGGUAAAACAAGCAAAUGAAUACUUGUAUGUUCUCUAUAGUCUGUUAUAUACAUGUACCUUUCAAAACUACUUUCAUUGCUACUGGAUUCUGAUAUUGAAUCUAAUAUACAUACAGAAAUACGUAAUUGUUAAUAAACAGAAUCUAGUUUUUCCUGUUUCAGGGAAAUAACUUUUUAGACUUAAAAGUCAUUUUUUACAUAUUGAAAUUUGAAAAGAUAUUGAUAAUUCAGUUAAAGAUACUGUCAUAUGUGGGCUUAUUUUCAAAAGUCCAAGCUAAUAGAAAUGAUAAGUUGAUUAUUUUAUGGAAAUUAUCGAAUGACGACUAAAAAUGAGUGUCAUUAUUUGUUUAAUGUAUAUAAAUCCAUAUCUAGAUAUGUUGUAAUCACUAGGACUCCCAUAUAAAAGAAAAGAACAAGACAAAGUUAAUAUCUUAAUUUGUCAGUUAUAUAUUACCACAUGUUUUAAAUAACUUCCUAAGUUUAAUACAUGUAGGUGAAAAUGUGUAAUAUGGUAGUAACACUAGCUGUUAAAAUACUGUAUAAAGUAGGAGUUAUUUGUAGGAUUAAAAUGGAUUGUUAAGAAUCAAAUUGUUAAAAGUGUUUUCCUUUUUUUUGUUAAGGUAGUUUUUUCAUUUAGAAAUAUUAUCCACAAUUGAUGCAAUAUUUUACUGGUAGCUGAAGUUACUAAUAAUGGGUGCUUUUAUGAAUAUAAAGUUUAGAUAUCAAAGACAUUCUAGGAUCUCAUGAAUAUUUGUAGAAAGUUUCAGUUUUCAUUUACAGUUGCUUAUGCUGAGGUCUUGUCCAGUUUUUAUAAACGAUAUAAGUUUGGAAAAACUAAAAUUGUCUCUUUUUUCAGAAAUAUUUGAACAAAUUUUAAUGUUUGAAGUUGAGUUGUGUCCCUUGCAUUACACAUAUUCUUUGUGCAAAAUUGAUUUUAUGUUAUAAUUGAUGUGUUUUUAUAAUCCUCUAGUGAAGGAUGUUGAAAGUCAAUUAUUUGCAGAUUGCAGGUUACUUAUGGGUAAAUAGUCAGGGAACAAUAAGUUAGCUAACUUCUUGCCUGGUGUAUUGUUUAUUUACUGUUUAUUUACGAUUGGAAUACUGGUAUUAAAAUUAAAACAAUCAGACUACUUUACAGAAGAUAAAUAUACAUAUAUUUUUGUAUGUUUUAUAUUGUCUGUGAACAGAGGGACAAUGAGUGAUGAUCUGAGUCAGGCUUAUAAAAAUUGGACAAAGAUCAUGUUUAGUUUACAUGUACAAGUCAACCACAACAUGAUAUUAUGGUGCAUAAUACAUUACACAUGUAGAUAGUUACACACAUUUUUAUAUGUUGUACACAUCUGUGUUAGAAACACGCUUUCAGCCACAUUUUACAUUGACCAUUAUAUUACACAUUUAUACAUUUUUUCACGUGUCUAAUUUAUAAUAUUUACCAUUGGACCAUGGUUCAUUUAUAAGUUUUUUUCUCUUUCUUUCUGAUUAUAAAGCUUUUACUGCCGGCCUUCUGCCUUGCUUUGUCAAAAACAUGUCAUAAAACCUGGCUGCUAAGUAAAGUUCCUCUGCUUAGCACAGGUGGUCUUUAUCAAAAAAGAAAAAUCCAUAUGAUUUAUUUUACUCUUACUGUAAAUCCAGUGGUUUUCUAUUAUUGUUAUAAUUGGCAGUGUAUUUUACUUAAUUCCCUUCAGAUCAUUGAUUAGCGCUUGUAUUAAUUUAUUUAUUGUAGUUUAGUAUAUAUUUAUUUUAAAAUAUUAGUCUAAACUCCGUCCCUCUGUGUACUAUAUGAAUCUCCUCCAGUCAUUGUCUCAUUAUAUGAGCCGCGUCACGACAUAACCAACAUAGUGCGUUUGCGACCAGCAUUGAUCCAGACCAGCCUGCGCAGUCUGAUCAGGAUCCAUGCUGUUCGCUUACCAACACUAUUACAAGUUGAGAAACUGAUAGCGAACAGCAUGGAUCCUGAUCAGACUGCGCGGAAGCACAGGCUGGUCUGGAUCCAUGCUGGUCGCAAACCCACUAUGUUGGUUUUGUCGUGACAUGGCUCAUAUCUAUUUUUAGUUUUACUGUGACUUAACUAUUUUUAAGCCUUUUUGUGUCGCCUCUACGGAGUAGUGGCGACAUAUAGGGAUCACUUCUCCGUCGUCUGUCUGUCUGUCUGUCCGUCCGUCCGUCACAAAACUUGUCCGGACUACCCCUCAUAAACUACUGGUUCAAUUUCAUCCAAACUUUACAGGAAUGAUCAGUAUCAAGUCUAGUUGUGCAUAUUGUCAGCAUUUUCCGGUUCAAUGAUUUUUGUCAGAGUUAUGGCCCUUUAAUAAUUUUUAAUUUUAAAGUUUGUCCGGACUACUUCUCUUAUACCACUAAUGCAAUUUCAAUGAAACUUUACAGGAUUGAUCUGUAGCUCAAGUCCUUGCGCAUAUUGCACGGGUUUUCCGGUUGAAUGAUUUUUGGCCAAGUUAUGGCCCUUUGAUAAAAAGUUGUUUUUUUCUGUGUGUUGCCAGAUACACAAUAGCUUGUCCGGACUACUCCUCAUAAACUACUGGUGCAAUUUCAUCCAAACUUUACAUGAUUGAUCAGUACCAAGUCUAGUUGUGCACUGUCCGUCUGUCUGUCCGUCUGUCACAAAAUUUGUCCCAACAUGAAAUUGGCCAUUAUGAGGCGACACAUGUGAUUACUGAUCGCUCUUGUUUGUUUUUAGUAUUGUAUUAAUUUGAGGACAGAUCUCCCAAUAAGCUACCUUGUUUUACUUGUUUUAUAUGUUACACAUGAUCAGUAUUGGAAUUUUAUCUUAUAUUCUAUUGAAUAAUGGACUUAUCUGUUUCUAAAUUUCAAACUUUUCUUUGAUAAUUUACUCGAUCUCAAUAUUAAAACAAUAAAAUUGAUCAAAUUAUAAUAAAAAGACUUAUCAGACUGUAAGGAAAUGUAGACUUGCCUCGAGAUGGCAUACUCUUAUAGCUGCCGGUGUUUAAAGAGAAAAGCUGCAUUAACGUCUUUUUUUUUCCACAUUUAUUUAUUUGUAAAUUGUUAUGUGAAUGCAGAUGGAGAAGGUUUUUAUAAACCCCUCAAGUUAUAUAUUGAGAUUUACUAUAGAAAGGAGCACAUAGAACAUGUUUAGCUGAUUAGCUUUUGCCAUUACUUAACUAGUUAAGUUUUAUCAAUGUGAAGAAAAACAUCAAUUUUACUGUCUUCUAGAAUUUUUUUUACAAAAUUGUUAAAUUUAGCUAUGAUUAACAAUUUAUUGGAAUCUGUCCACGAUAAGAAUUUUUGGAAUGCUUAAAUAAAAGACAAUAUGCUUUUAUAAAAGACAAUAUGCUUUUAUUUAAUGCUUAUCAAAGAAGUUUUUGGGAAUAAAGAUAAGUGAAUAAAUGGGCAGAUUUUGUGAUAAAUAUUAAAGUUAAAUAUUCAUAGUGUAAUAUAUUUAAUAAACAUAUUUAUUCUGUGUUUUUAAUCUACUAAUGCAAUAUACUAUUAUUUUAUUUUACUCUUAUAUAUCCGUGUUGUAAUAUUUAUUAUAUUUUCUGUUUGUGCCAGUAAUUAAUUUCUAUUAUUUUUGUUAUGUUUAUCUAUUGAAUUCUUUUUAUCUGUUAAAACACGGAUUUAUAUUACAUAUAAAUCCGUGGUAAAAAUUUAAAACUAAUAGUUAUGACUUAGUAGAAAACCAUGGAAAAUGAAUUUAUGUUAACUAUUCCUUUAACCCAUGGGAAAAAUGGCAUUAACCAUGGUGUUUGAGAAGAUUACCAAAAAACCAUGGAAAUGUCCAUUUAACAUGGGAAAAAUGUCAGUAACUAUGGGGUUUGAUAAGAAUAUCACAGACCAUGGAAAUGUCCAUUUAAGUAGGAAACAGAGAAAAAAUGUCUGUAACCAUUGGUAAGAUUAUUACUAUAGGACUGGAAUUCUGGAACACAGACUGUGAGAUAGAGUAUUGUAUUUCUAUAUGUGGAAUCACUUAAGUUACAAAGUUUUAUAUAUUUAUUGAACAAGUUUUGUGUAUUCCUUUUCCUACUAUUUGAUUACAACUGACAAGUUUUUUUAUGCAAGUGCUUUUCUUUAAUAUUGUUAUUAUACCCUGUCAAUGUCUGCCCAACGAUAUAAACUAUAUUCAUAUUCUUUUGUAACUGAUAAAUCAUAAUUUAAUUGAAAAAGUGAAAUAAAAAAAUAUAUAAAAAAUAAAUAUAUAUUGAUAUUUCAAAUGUAUUGUUUAAGAUGCAUAAUUUUACUUUUUUGUAUUAUCAGUGUAAGUAUGAAAUCAUUGUAACACAAUAGAACACAUUCCUAGAUGAUAUGUCUAUUUGUAAUAACAGUUACACUCAGUGUUUGUAUCAAAUCUAACGAAUAAUAAACAAAUUAACAAGAACAUGUGUAA